GAGGGAGCCCCGUCAUCGUGCCGCGGCGGGAACGUGGUAGCCCUCCAGCAUAGAGUGCCCCUUUCAACAACUUCCCGCAUCGCACUGCGGCUCCCUCGGAACGCCCUGUAUUGUUCGCAUUGUACUAUACACAUCGCUGUCCCACUUAGAUUCCUUCACAUACGCACGACUCUACGACCAAGAGCGCUUUGGGCGAGACCGCCUUUCCACGGGACUUCUGGCCCGCUUCCAGUUAUCCCGACGCCUAUAUUUUACAACCUCUGCACUCGCCUAUUGACGGAGCCGUGGGCUCGUGAGAAUGGAUGGUGAAAGCCCUGUGAAUCCGAUCUAGGGCCUGGCUUUUUACAGGGACGCGAGUUGAGCAAUCGCAAAGAUGACCGCUGGCGGGGAGGACGAUGAGGGCCGUCCGCCAUACCUUCAUGCUAUGAUAGCUGGUGGAAUUGGUGGCACGACUGGCGACAUGCUCAUGCACUCGCUCGACACGGUCAAAACGAGACAACAGGGCGACCCUCAUUUCCCGCCCAAAUACACAUCACUCGGCUCAUCCUACUACACAAUAUGGCGGCAGGAAGGCAUCAGACGAGGUCUCUAUGGCGGAUGGCUGCCGGCCAUGAUGGGGUCAUUUCCUGGCACGGUGCUCUUCUUUGGAACAUAUGAAUUCAGCAAGCGGCAUAUGAUCGAUUAUGGCAUUCAACCUCAUCUGAGUUAUCUCACAGCGGGAUUCCUUGGCGAUCUUGCUGCGUCGAUCGUCUACGUCCCUUCCGAAGUCCUUAAAACCAGGUUACAAUUACAAGGACGGUAUAACAAUCCUUAUUUCAAGUCCGGCUACAAUUAUCGCGGCACCUUUGACGCUGCCAAAGUCAUUGUCCGCACCGAGGGCUUUUCAGAGCUCUUCUCUGGCUACAAGGCUACGCUGUACCGCGACCUCCCCUUUUCAGCGCUACAGUUCAUGUUCUACGAGCAGUUCCUGGCCUGGGCGCGUGCCUGGAAAGACAGUAAAGACAUUGGUGUCCCACUCGAGUUCGCAACUGGUGCAGCAGGCGGCGGCCUCGCAGGAGUCAUUACUUGUCCCUUGGAUGUGGUGAAGACGAGGUUGCAAACACAGAUCGACACUCCGCCAGUCUUGACGCAUACCAAAGAACGAGCCACGACAGACACGAAGAGCAAAGUCAAGGAGACGCACUCCACUCCGUCAAAGGAAUACAAGCGGCCUAUAUCGACCUCCUCUCCAUCUACAUACACGCCAAAGCCAGGCGCCCUUACGCUGGAUACAGAGUCCGUUACUAAGGGCCUCCGCCUCAUCUAUCGCCAUGAAGGUAUAGGAGGCUGGUUCAGAGGCGUGGGCCCGCGUGCUGUCUGGACCAGUGUUCAGAGCGGAUGCAUGUUGUUCUUAUACCAGACCAUAUUGAAGAAUCUGGACGUCUGGUUCCCAUCUGAGACACCCGAGCUCAUUGUAUAAUACUGGCGACAGAGAUACCGAUUGGCCGUCUUGUACGAUGUUAAGGUUUUUUUUUCUGGCGGAGGCAGUCGCUGUAGACUAAGGAAGCAUUUGCAUGGCGUUGUGUGGGAAUAAAGACAAGGAUUAGACAUGUCACUAUAGAAGCCAUCAGUCCCACGCGGAGGGGGACUUGUAAGUAAGAAUCACAGAAAUACACUCAGCUUACGAUCGCGCG